AUGAAGUUCCUCGCCGUACUCGUCCUUAUUACCUCGGUGACAGCUCUGUCGAUCGAGCCGCGUCACCAUUCGGGCAAGGCCGCUGGAGGCGGUGGUGGAAAGGGUAAUGCUGCCGGGGGUGGUGGGGGAGCAUUAGCUGGCCUCCUCGGAGGCGCGGCGGGCGGAGCAGGCGGUGCGGGCGGUGCUGGCGGGAAAGGAAAGGGAAAGGCUGGCGCGGCCGCUGGGGGCGGAGCACUCGCUGGCCUUCUCGGAGGGGCCAACUAA